AUGCUCUACCUCAUCGGGCUUGGUCUUUCGGACGAGAAGGACGUCACUGUUCGAGGUUUGGAAGCCAUCAAAAAGUCCGAACGGGUGUACCUUGAAGCUUAUACCUCGAUCCUCGGCGUGGGGAAAGAACGAUUGGUCAGUUCCUCGGGAGUAGUAGGUGGUCUGAGCUAGGGAGCGACGUGUAUCGAUGUCCGAGUUUUGAUUUUCGUUCAUAGGAAGCUUUCUACGAGAAGGAUAUUAUCGUUGCCGAUAGGGAUAUGGUCGAGACCGAGUCGGAUGCGAUUCUUGAGCGGGCGAGCGAGGUUGACGUUUCGUUCCUCGUCGUCGGUGAUCCGUUUGGGUGAGUGCGAGAAGCAUCUGAAACGCAUCGAGAGUAAUGGGUCUCAUUUGGACUUGUCUCCGCAUCUUGCACCCCCUCUGCAGAGCGACAACACAUUCCGACUUGCUCCUGCGAGCCGAGGCGCUGUCAAUCCCAUACGUCGUGAUCCACAAUGCCUCCGUGAUGAACGCCGUCGGAGCCGUCGGAUUAGCGUUGUACAACUACGGUCAAACGAUCUCGAUCCCCUACUUCACCGAGAGUUGGCGACCGGAUUCGUGGCUCGAUCGGAUUCGGGAGAAUCUGAGUUUGGAUCUGCACACGUUGUGCUUGUUGGAUAUCAAGGUCAAGGAACAGAGUAUUGAGAAUCUCGCGAGGUCGGUGUUCUGGAAGAUCCGAGUUUCCGAGUUUGGCGGUGUCCCAAGAGCUGAUGAUGGUGUUGUCUCUGAUGGGAAUACUUUGAUCGACAGGGGCCGCAAGAUUUACGAACCUCCUCGCUUCAUGUCGGUCCCGACCGCGAUCGAGCAACUGCUUUCCCUACUACCCCCUUCUCUUCCAUCCAAUGACAAAGACACUGCACCUGCAACUGCCUCCGACCCGUCCAUGACCGACGACCGCUCCCCGUUGACCCCGAUCCCUUCCCCCUUCCUCGACCCCUCGCAAACGCUCUGCAUCUCUCUAUCCCGGAUCGGUGACCCAUCCCAAACGUUCGUCUCGGGGACGUUGGAAGAACUCUCCCAUCUCGACGAGGACGCUUUCGGUGGUCCGUUGCAUAGUCUGGUCAUUGUGGGGAAGAGGUUUCAUGCGCUGGAGAGGGAUUUCACGAGACGUUGGGCCGUCAAUAAGGAGAGUUGGGAUCGGGUCGCCAAGGAGGUGUAUGGAGUGAGGGAUUAG